GUCAUCAUGCAGGUGGAAUCUGCGCAGUGUGGCUCAGCGUACAGAUCCCAAACACCAGCCUCACCGAGCUGCAGCUCAGGACUCGGGACUCCGGAGAGCAGACUGCAUUUACAGCUGUAAAGGAACCAAUCAAGGAGGAGAAAGCAACAAAUUGGAUUUUUUUUCUCCGCUUUCACUUGAUGACCAUCAGCAGUUCAGAUACAGAGGCUUCAUUUAAUUUAACACAACAUGAUGACAGAGUUAAAAUAGCCCACAAAUCGAGGAUUUCUCUCUGUAUCAUAUUGCUGGAAUAAGCUCAUACUGCUGUGUUGAUACUGUCAAACAGUUUUCCUUCCCUGGCGCAGUCCAACUCAGCAGCAGUCGCAUAGGAUGCCAUACAAGCCUAUAGGAAGUGACUCUCGCAGCUUGACAGGGAACAAUCUCCGAGAAACCCGAAGGACGUAAUAUUUGUCCUGCGGAUCUUAUCGGUGUAAAAACACUCAUGGCGAUGGACGAGGGUACUGUCAGUGAGAGCAUCCCAGACCUCAAAGACAUAGAGGCGAAAAUCGGCCGGAAGACCCCCGAGGGUUUGCUCAGGUGGAUGCGGGAAGAGUCGUCCUCUCUCCGGGCAGACGCCAAGCUGGCCCUCGCGCACGACACCGGUAAAGAGACCGGGAUGAAGAGUUUGGAUGAAAAGAUAAGAAAACUGAAGAUGGAGAUGGCUCACUUGCGCUCGGUGGACGUUAAGAUCCUGCAACAGCUGCUGGCGGUGCACGAGGGCAUCGAAGCAGUGAAAUGGCUGUUUGAGGAGCGCAGCACGCUGACCAGCCGCUGCAGCAGCCUCACCAGCAGCCAGUACAGCCUGGGGGAGGGACCUGACACCUCUUGGAGAGGCUCCUGGAGCAGCUUGCAGGACCCCAAUGACAAGUUAGACAACAUCUCCAUUGGCAGCUACCUGGACACGCUGGCAGACGACAUGGAUGAGUACUGCCCUUCCAGCUCCGAAUCCGUCAUCUGCUCCACCACACCUCUGGUUUCGGAGGCUACUGCUGGGGGCCGCAUGGCGGGAGGCUCCGUGGCCACAGUCACUGCAGCGGUGUCAGGGCCCGUGUUAGGGCUGAAGUCUGCGUCUAGUGCUGUGGGAAGUGAGAAUGGUACUGGGGUUGGAAAUAUUCCAGAAGUGAAAGGUGGACCCGGGAAUGGGGUUACCAGUGUUGCCAUUGGGAAGGGAACUGGAGGAACUGAAAGUGGGAAGCCAGCAGCUCCAGUCAGCUCUCCACAAGCCAAGUCUGAGGGCCUCAAGCAAGGUGCUCCCAUCUGGACCAAGACUGCAGAGACGGAUAAGGGAAGCCCCAUUUUCAAGGUCAGUACCCCGGCGCAAGGCAUUAAGGCUAAUGGUGUCCUGGAGAAAUCAACCACACGAAGAGGCAGCCCGACCCGCACCUGCCUCAGUGAGAAACUGGCAACCAGCCAGAGCCCCAAGGUUAAACCUUACAAAAAUGGAAAGAUCGACUUGGACACGUGCAAAAUGAAUGGCAAAAUGCAUCUGGAGUACGAUGCCCACUGGCGCUGGGUGCAGUCGCAAGAAGAUGUGACGUUUUUGUAAGGAUAAUCACAGAGAGGGACUAAAGCCACUAUUGAACACUCCCUCUGCAACAUCAAAAACCAGAUCACUGAAGAUUAAAAGAAGAGUGCACUGCUGUUGUGAAAGGCACAUAAUGGGGCUUUCCCCGGUGAAAGACACUGGGUAUGAGAGACAAUUACCUGUUUCUUCUUUUGUUCCCUCCUGUAACUGCACUAACUUCUUGUAAAACAUUGAUGUCAGUAUUAAGGGAUUUUGGACCAUAUAUAGCCAAACAGGGGUGCCUCACAAAAUCAACUUUAAAAUCCUGUGUCACAGAUUUUUCUCAGGGUCUUUUUAACAAUCCCUGAUAUUAUUUCAGUUUCUUUUCUUUUACGUUAUUUUCUUUUCCUGAAAAAUAAAGCACAGUGAGACGAUCUGCCAGAGAGCUGAAACAUGACUUCAGAUGGUUUGACACAAACUUUAUCGGAAAGUCAAAAUUAAAAUUUUGCCUUGACUUUGACUUUUUAAAAAUAAUCUAGAAACAAUAUUGCCACCAAUAUAUUCACUUUGAACCUUUACAAAAAAGAUAACUAGUUGUUAUUAGUUACUUUGUACAUUCAACUGAACAUUUUGUGGAUUCUGUAUGAAAGUAAUUCCCAACUUUUUAUCGUUGAUCCUCUUCAAAUGAAAAAUUAUUCAGCUAUGGUGAUAGUUUCUGGGUAAUAAGGUAAAUGUAGCUGUACAAGACGAUAAAAUAUGUACUCCUGGACUAGUUUGUAGAGGUAUUAGAGCAAAAGAUUUAAUGCAAUAUAUAGACAAAAGUAUCGGACCACAGAGUCUCUUAAUCCUUCAGGUGUUUCCAGUCUCAUUGCUCUAACUCUAUAACAUCAAGCACCUAACCAUGCAGUCUUCCUUUACAAACAUUUGUGAAAGAAUGAGUUGUUCUAAGGAAUUCAAGCGUGGUACUGUAACAGGAUACCACUGUACCACUGUUGCAACAUGAAAGUGUUUAGGAACCACAGCAACACAGCCUCAAGUGGUAGACCACAUAGAGUUACCAAGUGCUAAACAUGCACCUGGUAUAAAAGUCACCAACGCUCGUCUGACUCAGCAGCUGCAGAGUUUCAAACCUCCUGUAAUAUUAACAUCAGCACAACAUCUGUGUGACAGGAGCUUCAUGGCAUCAUUUCAAUGGCUGAGCUGCUCCCAGUGGUGUAAUGUGUGGGUGAGCCGGUACUUUUGCCCAUAUUGUGUAUAUUUCACAAAUCAAAAGCAAAUGUGUGACGAGAAAUAACCAAAAGCUUUGUGUAUUUAACUCUUUUGUUUCUUCUGAGCUCUUCAAAUUUACCUCAGGGCCCAUUUGAAGGGUCCUGACCCUGAGGUUGGGAAUACUACUGCACUCCACAAACAACAGCUUUUAUGAACCCCAGUGUACUGCAUUUAAGAUAGUAAUAGAGUCCGUUCUCACUCCUGAUGCGUAAUAUACUGACGAUUUGUCACGUCCCGAGGCGUUCCAUGGGAUGCGAAAGGUGACCUUCCGCAUUCCUAAGCUACUCGCCAGAUUGUGUAAGAAAUCGAAUAGAAUGACGCUCCCACGGUAACACGUUCCAGCGUCCUAACCUUAUCCCUAACCUUAACCACCACCUUAAUCAUGUUAGAUAGUGUUUUCCAAUGCAGCUUAAGCAAAGUAAACAUACAUAUGUAGAGUCAUUCCAGACGGUUCUCAUGUUUUCCGAACUCGUAAUACAGGAACGUGUUUGGUGGCCGAAAGUGUAAUAUACUGACGAUUUGUCACCUAGUGUAAAAUGUUACACUUUGGGAGUGAGAACGUGUUGAGUAGUAAUUGUGUAAAAUAAACCUCUCAUUGAAAUCCCAAAUAAAGUGUGUUAUAUUGAUCCUUGUUUACGGAUAAUAUAUCACUGGUCUUCCAGUGGUUAAUGACCACCUUAUUGUUUCAACAAAAACAUUGAAAAUAGGUAUGAUUUUCUCCCCAACUGUUUAUCCCGAAACACUUUCCUGAUCAGCACUAGAAAAUAUGUCAAACUUGCAGUAGAAGACGAAGCACUGAGACUUUAACACAUUAAAAAACAAAAAAAGUGCCAGUGAUAGCAUUUGUGUCUUUGUGAAGCUAAUCCCUUCAGUACGUUACCAAACAUGUGCACGAUUGUAUAGUCACUGAGUUGUAGUACAGCUACUCUGUGCACUGGUUACUAGUCGUGACUGGUUAUAGGCAAAUCUUGACUUUGGAUGAAAAUCUUUCUUCUGUUUUGACAAUUACGCUAACCUGUAUUAGUUUUCUUUAAAGAAAAUGUUGUGCCUGAUUGGUGUAAACCUUAACUACAUAUGCCUGUUUGUUCCCUGAGAUGACUGCACUGUUGUGAUGAUAAUCUUUUAUUAGUUUUCCCUCUCCGUGGGCUUUGCUUGCGUGUACAAAUGGCUAGACCAAAAGUCUGUGUGCUCUUCAGUAUCGACUGGUAAAUGUGUUAUGCUGGCUGGGUGGAUAUUGCUUGCCCUGUGCUGACAUCUUUAUUGGUUGAUUUGUGAGCAGUACGCGGAAGACUGAACACAAUCAGUGAAGAAAAGCAAUAUUUCCUGAAGGCUGUCUGCUGGCUUACAUAAGCAGCCUCUUCUCAGCAACCGAAAUUUAAUAAUAAUGUCUGAUCUCAAUAGAUGACAGCGCUACUGAAGACAAAUUGUUGUGCUCUUUGUUAUGUGCAUGUGCGAGAGAAAGACACAGCCGGCCUUCCAGGUAUGAAUAAGAAUAAAUGAGUCCCAAAGGAUCGCAGAUAUUUUCAGCUUACUCAUCACAAUGUAACUACAUCGCUCACCAGUCUGCAGUUAUUCAUGUUAAUGGUGCAGGGAUGGUGCAACACAUGUGGUAAAUGGAGGGGAACACAUUACAUAAUCUGUCCAGUUUCCUUCAGUGCCUGGAAGUGUUUGAAACUAUUAAAUAUGAGUGUUGAUAAAAUAUGAGCUUUGAUACUGGUUCCAAAACAAAUGGGCAUUUUUCAUACUUUCUGCACAUUUCAGCCAUCUUGGUUCCAUAACACCAUAACAUUACAUUUUUCUUUGAAACACCCAGAUGACUAUUCACGCAGCCAUCUUGUAUCUGAAUGGUCACAGUUUCUAUUUUCACAUGCCACAUAUGCAGUUUGGGGCUCAGAUACACCAGAGUUAGCUUCUCAUUUCACUAUUGCUAGCUAAUUAAGUUAAUUAAGUUUAUAAACAGGAUAAAAAAAAAUUUCUGCACUGACCAUAACACUAUGACUUACCUAUUUUGAAAAAAACAUCAAGUAAGGAGGGGUUUAAAAAAGCACAUAGGAAGCUAUGCACAGGCCUCAAGCCUGGUCAGCUCCUUGCAAUUCCUCUGGUAGUUAGCAGGCUCCUGCAGUUGCCCAUGGUUUGUAUGGAAGACAUAGACUGGUCUGCAGUUAGUUACUUAACCACCAGUGGUAGGGAAACCCUAAAAAGUGCCAUGGAGCCAGAAAACUGAGAAUGCUCACCUUCAAAAUAAAAGCUUUGCCUAUCGCUGAAACCAACAUGUGACAUUUGGUGCAACUUUUACUUUGAAGGUGAACAGUACUGUGUGUGUAGCACUCUUCAGUACUGCUCAGCAAGCAGCAAGUAAUUGCAGACAAGUUGGCAUUUCACAUGCAAAUUAGAGGUAACCAUGGCAGUCUGUGUGUGACCAAAGCAAUCGCAAGGUUUUAAAUCCAGCAGUAUUUGUCUCUUUGCAACCAAUUUAAAAGCAACAUCAAGCAACCUUGUGCAACCAUUUGUCAAACAGUCAGGCUAUAGACCUUAUAUUUUCAAUGACCCGAGGAACUGGCCGGCCUCUAGGCCUGCGUAAGUGCAAAUUUAGCAAUAAAUGUGACUAUGACUGCCAGCAACCAUUUCCAAUCAGUCAUAAAACACCCAUUUUUCUUGGUUGUCAGCAAGUGGUCUGUAGGCCUGUGUGACUUAGGCCUUGGAUAAUGUUGGCUGUAGAUGCUGAAGGCAAGAUUUCAUGACUGACAGUCAUAAGAUAAUAAUAAAGAGUAAACGUGCAAGUUGUGACCUGAGCUUUUGUACAUAACCUGCUGCCCUCAGUCAGUCAUUGUCACUUUAGCUAGAUAGGACAAGUUUGCUUUCUGGUAGAAGCUCUAUUUUCAUUGCCAUAAUUUAGGACAGACAGAUUCUACAUUAAUGAAAUGAUAUGUGAUAAAAAAGUCCAUCUGGCUCAAAUCCUGGAUACAAAAAUCUCCCAAGUGUACUAUUAGAAAAGAGAAUGUGAUGACUUGGCGUCAAUUACGUCCAUCCUAAUUUAAUCAUGUUCUUAAGACGUUAAACUCAACAGCUCCAUUUGUUUUAGCCACCAAAGUGUUUCCUCUCUCCUCCUGCUUUUCUUUUCAUCCUACUUUCCACCACCACACUGGUUUCAUGGAAAUGUUCAGUCAGUGCCAACACACAUCAUGCACACACAAUGCCUUCUCGCUGGAGACUGCACCAUACAGCCGGCACCACAGACGCAGUGACUGUAGGCUAGUCCUGGAGACUAGGGAGGAAAAGUAAGAUGAAGCUCAACCUUGAACUCUUGGAUGACUGUGAAGAUGUUAAAAAUCCCAGCUUUUUUAUCCCUAAAGCCAAGCAGAGCAUCUAUCCAUCUUAGGAUAGUUACUUCAGCCAUGGUAUAUCUUCCAACCACAAUAUAGACAUGAAGUCAUUUGAAACCAUUUCCCUUUUUAACAUGUGCUGGCUGUAAAGCAAUGCAGCAUGCCAAAAAAAUGUCUGCUCCGCCAGUUUGUGGUUUUCUUUCCAAAUUAGCGGAGGCAUAUGGAAAAAAAACUACAUUUAGUUCAGGGAAUGGGCCUGUAAAACACAUUAUAUGAAGCUAUAUUGUGUCUUUCUGAAGUUAUACUAUAUCCCCUAAUGGUUUAAUGUGUUUUCACUGGGCACAGUUGGAAAAUGGACACUGUUUUAAACCUCUCCUUGGCAGAGAGUGUUGACAGUUUAGGUGCCAGGAGGAGCUGCUUGUGGUCUGACUGUUUUUUAAAGUGAGAUGAUAACUUCUGUGUGCAUUAGCAACAAUGGAAGUGUUACUAAGUUCUGGAAAUCUUUUAAAAAUACUUUUAGUCUAGAAUGAGAGAAAUAUCCUCUUUCUUUCUAGAAUUUUUCAGAGGGUAUAAAGGUGAAGAUCGUAAAUCCUUCUCUUCUGCUCUCUCUCUGUCCAAGAUUUAUCAGAUGGCCGGUGCGCGACAUGUUUGCAUUGGCUUCAGGUGCUUUUGGCUUCAGAAUACCUCCUCUGGCUAUUCUGGGCGCAAGACAAACAGUGUGAUUACAUAGACGAACGGAUACCCACACGAACAUGGUUGCCAUGACAAUGAGGCCAAGCAGGCUUCAGCUCUAGUGGCUACAUAAAACAAUGUUUACUGCAGUGCCAGUAACAGCAUAGCAGUACAGUCUAAAUGAAAGCAGGUGAGAUGAAAUCUGUGAUCAAUGCAGACAGCAGACAUCCAAAUUAUUUGACCAUUAUAUGUAAGGUCAGUUCAUUAAAAAAAAAGUAUCAAAUAUAGUUAGUAACAAUGUCAAAGAUUUUUUAAAAUAUGACACUUUUUAAGUGAUUCUGUUUUAGAACUCAUUUUUAUUCCAGUCUGUCAAGUACCAGUGACAGACAACACGAGCAAAUGAAUGAUAUGUGACACAUCUAAUCAUUUUUGACAGCCCACUAUGUAUAUUAAACACAUAAAAUGCAAAACACAGAUCUAUCUCAUUGUGUCUAAAAAUUGUGAUCUGUGCUUCCCAGUGACAACCACAUCAAAGCCCCAAAGUCCAUUUUUUAAAGCAGAGAGCAGAACUAUUAGUGUCCUCAAGAGGCAGAAAUAAAAUUCAGUAUCACCCAUUCGUUGCUCUUCUACUACUUUAAAAAUGAUAAGAAUUCUGCAUUUUGGGGGGGAAUGCUGCAGAGGAAAUCGCUCAUUUCUUCUUCUUUUUUUGACACUUCCUACUUUAACCUCAGUAUAAAGCUCAGCUAUCCUCUCUUUCAGCCACCUAAAAUGGUCCCAAGAGCCCUUUUUGCUGCCAUUUUGUACCCAUUUUUUGAAAAAUUAGAAGGCAGACUGGUGUGUCUCUCUGGAGGCAGAGUCGGGGGAUAAACAGAGAGCCUAGUGCACAGCAUGCAGCUAAAAGGAAGCUUCCACUCCCAGAGUCCUGCUGUUUUCUUCCUUCCUCUUAUGCAUACACAACACCCAAGCACAAUUUAUCCUGGGACUGAUAUGGGUCUCUAGAUAGCUGACAGCAUUUCCUUCUUUUAAAGUUCUUUUAUAUUUUAUUCUCAUGUUUGUGUGUGUUUUGUUCACAUCUCAGAGUGUUCAAAGUAAAUGGAAGUGAACCGAAUCAAACUCUACUGGGUGCAUGCUGGGUGCUGACCCAGGUCCAAAACCUAACUUAGGCUAAACAAAACUUAGAGGAUUGAAAGACAAAAGCCAGAGAGACUGACUGCAGUUCACCGGAUCAGCUGAAUCAAUACAGUUAAGCUUUAUUAUGUUAUGCAAUAUGCCUUCUAGAAAAAAUGUUUGUCUUUUUUUCCUUGUAAAGUCAAAAUGUUCAAAAAUUAAUAGAUUAUGUUCAUUGAUGUGGGGAUAUAUAUUAUGAAGUAUGUAAAUUAUAUG